AUGGAUGCUAACGGCUCGGAAGCGGUAAGAUUUGGGCCAAAAUGUCCUUUUAAACCCGGAGCAUCUAACAUUUCACGGUGUUGUAUGGUUAGAUUCAGCUUUCUAGAGUAACUCACUUAUUGCUGUAGGUCAGAUGCAUCGCAUAGAGUCCAAUUAGACAGUGUGAUUUGCAAGUUGAUGAUCUUCAGAUUUUCAAUUGUUGACGACAUCAUUUCUAGUAACUUCUUGCCAACGCAUCAUAAUCGAACGGUAUCGCUUGUUGGCAGCGUUCGUCAAUCUACAUUCUGCAUCUCAGUAUCUGCGGAAUCAUUGGAAAUUAGCAACCCCAUAAUGGUUCCUUUUAGCUGUUUACAAUUUUUAUCGCUAUUGAAUCUCCUUUUUGAGAAAAUUUAUUUCAAAAAGUUGUGACUGCGUUAUAUUUUCUCAUUAUUUUAUAGAUAUUUCACAUGGAAGGUGGAUCCUACACAAUUGACCAGCAUGUACUGAAAGUUAUGAUUUAUACAAGAUACAUUCGUUUUCUACCAGUUACUUGGGAACGAUCUAUCUGCCUUAGAGUUGAGGUUUACGUAACCAUCAGUGAGUUUGCUUCAAUUAAAUAGGAAAUUUGACCCUCCCCUCUCUCUAGGUUAUCAGAAAAUUCUUCAGUCUUUUUCGAUGCCGAAACCUGAUUUUCUACAACGAUUUUUGAAGUAGUUGCCUACAAAAUUAAACUGUACCCUUUUGGAGAGUUUUACAUCUCUGAGGUGGAGUUCUUCUGGCGUGAACUAAACCUGCAUUUGCACGCAAAGGAAUUCCAGAACUCUCCUCAGAUCUCAGUUUUUCUUUUCCUUUCGUACCUCUUAAUUUUAGGCUCUUCUGCCUUUCAUAUACCUUAUAUCUCUACCAAAGAGUUUGCGGCAUUUGCAACUCUUUACAUCGUGAAUAAUAUAUACGCAAUCAUAGAUAUGAAUUUUCUCCUCGUAUAUUCAAAGAGCAAAAUUCCAUAUCCAUGAGCAACCACGUUUUAAUUAUAAUUAUUAUUACGAACAUUAUAAUGAUUAUUAUUAGGAUUAUUAUUACCAUUAUCACAUAAACAAGAUUGCCCUUAAGUGACAAUAAACGUGGACCAGAACGCUUUGCUAUUCUUUCGUCAAAAGUGACAAAGUGUUGCCAAAGGCAAGUGACCUGUCAACAGCUGAUUGCCGAUAUGAAACAUAUGUAAAAAUAUAUCGUAGUUCUGUACGUGUAUAGUUACAGCUUCCUCUCGCCUGAAAUUUCUUAUAAAACACAGCAAUUUGUAAUAUAAUAAUAAUAAUAAAGCAUUUUUUAAUCAUUUGGUAACAAUUUGGUGUGAUGCAGUGAACGAAAAAAGACGUGACCACCCAAGCCCAUAUUACUGCAUGUGCCAGGUUGGUAUGAAUUGGCAAUUGAAAAACAAACAUGCACGUUGUGGUUAAUACAAAGCAUUUAUACUAUUUAAACAGUGCAGAGGCUCAAGGAAUGGAAAGUGGCGUCAUCUCCAACAGUCAAAUGAGUGCCUCUUCCCAAUGGAGUAACUUAGAAAGAGCUCAUUAUGGUAGACUUCACGUAAAAGAAACACAGCACAACGCAGGGGGUCGGGUGGCUCGCACAAAUGAUGAAAAUCAGUGGCUUCAGAUCGAUCUAAAUAAU